CUUUCCUACGCCCGGCCCACACAGAGAAAUAGUAUUGGAGAGGCAGGGCAGAGGUUCAGAUAAAAAGAGCCACAGAACUUAUUGCCUUUACCCCUGACAAACAACUACCAGACCUCCAGAGUAAAAAUGAAUGGACUAAAACAGUGGAUCCAAGUGGCUGUUAUGACCCUCCUGGUGUUAACAGUCAUGGCUGCAGACGGAGGCAAAGCUGAGAAACAAGGAAAGAAGGAGCGCAAGUCAGAAUGUGGGGACUGGCAGUGGAGCGUUUGCGUGGCCAAUGAGGGUGACUGUGGACUUGGCACUAGAGAGGGAACGCGUACCGGCACCGACUGCAAGCAGACCAUCAAGACCCAACGCUGCAAGAUCCCGUGCAACUGGAAGAAAAAGUUCGGGGGGGAAUGCAAGUACGACUUCAAGGCUUGGGGUGAGUGUGAUCUGGUGACGGGGAUGAAGAACAGGACGGGAGUUCUGAAGCGGGCACUCAUGGAUGCAACCUGUACCCCCACUGUCACGGCCACCAAGCCUUGUGGGAAAAUCCCCAAGACCAAGCUGCAAGAUGCAAAAAAGCAGAAGAAGGAGGGAAAGAAGCGAGAGCGUGCCUCAAUGGCCUGGUGAGGUUGUUUGAACCACUGAGAUCGGCGGAGGACCACAGAAAAAAAAACCCGGUUCCUCACUAUGUGUCUAGUAGCUUGACUCUAGGAGCCUAUAUACCUUUGGGGAAGUAAAAAACUGUGGAAGCAUGACCUUUAGUGAAGAAUAUGUUUUAUCUUUCCUUCUUUCUAGCACCUGAUAUGAAACUUGUAUGUUUUUGUAGGAGACAUUAUAUGCAGUGGUAGGGAUGGAUAAUGAGGAGUUUGUAUAGGGUUUAAUGAUGUUAUUUUUUUAGGAUUACUUUCCAGAGAACAAAUUGCCUUUUCUUUGUUUUACAAUUGCACACCCUAACUCUAAUUCUGGAAAA